GUGGACCGACUACGUCCCGCUGGGCAGGAGGAUGCCAGGCACCCGCUUCAUCGCCUUCAAGGUCCCCCUGAGGAAGAGCUUUGAUCAGAAGCUUCACCCAGAGGACAGAUUUUCACCUCAUGACCUCAUCAAGAAAAUCAAAGAGCAGAAGGAAGAGCUGGGCCUGAUCAUUGACCUGACGUACACGACUCGCUACUACAGGCCAGAGGAGCUCCCAGACACACUCUGCUACUCAAAGAUCUUGACAAUGGGACACGAAAUACCGAACAGACAGACCAUUUUUCAGUUCAAGUGCGUUGUCAAAAAGUUCUUGAGAGACAACAAAGACAACGACAAACUCAUCGGCGUUCACUGCACGCACGGCUUGAACAGAACCGGCUACCUGGUGUGUAGGUACCUGAUUGACGUCGAAGGCAUGGAGCCAAACGCUGCGAUCGAGUUGUUCAACAGGGCUCGAGGGCACCCUAUAGAGAGAACCAACUAUAUCCAAGAUCUUCGGAAGAGAUCUGUGAAAAAGAGCUGCGGCCUGAGGAGUUUGGGCUCGGACCCCUUCAAAGAAAAAGCCAGCGCUACCCCAAACGCUAGAGAGAAGGUGGCCAAGCCCCAUCCACAUCUCUCGAACCAGUCCCCCUUGGCGGGGCCCAGAAACUCCAGCGGCUCCAAGAAGAACCGCAGGCAAGGCGCCAAGGCACCGACACGACACCAGGAGCUGGCGUACGAGCCCGGGGCAGCAGAGCAAAGGCGGCCGUGGAGUUGGGCGGCCAGGAACUGUCGGGCGGCCAUGCCUGCCAACGAGCUGCGCAACGGACUUUGCUUUCCCCCCCGGACCCCCCACUUCUGCCCACCCCAGGAAGCGCAAGCGGCCAGAAAACGCCGCCGCCGGCACCGGAAACCUGUCGUGACAGCGUAG